AUGCCAACAUGGAAAAUGUACACUGGGCUGGAGGAUCCAGUAUCUCAUGUUCACAACUUUGAACUACAAAAUGAUUUACAGGGAGUUCGGGAUGAUGCCAGGUGCAAGAUCUUCCUAGACACUCUGUCAGAAAUUGCCCAGCAAUGGUUCUUCAAGCUACAGCCAUGGUCGAUUACAUCAUGGGAUGGAUUUGUACGCACGUUCUAUUCCCUAUUCUCCUCAGCAAUGCCCCUUCCCGCUGAGCUGAAUGACCUGGUAGACAUAAAACAGAAAGAUAAUGAACCUUUGAAGGAUUACAUUCAAUGUUUUAUGCGGGAAGCCACUAGAGUGAAAUCCCUUAGUGAUGACGGUAAAUUAAUUGCCAUCAAUUUGGGAGUUAAGGUAAAGAGUCUGUUUUGGAGCAGUUUGAAAAGGAAGUAUGCACGUACCACUCAGGAGUUCCUUGAUCGGACAGAGGAAUUCAUCAGGCUUGAGGAGGCCGAGCGAAAGGUGGAUAAUCUAACUCAGGCGGCUACCGAGCAGGGGAAAAUAGAUGCUGGGAAUACCAUCAACCUUGCGGAGGGAGGAAAGAAUGAGGCUAAGAAUGGCAAACACAGUAACGGGACUAGAAGUAGCGGUAACCAGAAUGAUGACAAGAAGCCUAACACUGUCGAGCAGCCCAAACCACGGGAAUAUGCUCAUAAAUUUACUACUUACUCCAUCCUGUUAGAGACCCAGGCAUGCGUUUUUAAUGCCACACAGUUUGUUGUACUGUACAGAAGACCUCCACCAAUGAGGAAGGAUGUUAAUAGACGGGAUAUGGCCAAGUUAUACCGGUUUCACAAUGACUAUGGUCAUGAAACCAAUGAAUGUAACCACCUGAAGGAGGAGAUAGUAUUCCUCAUUAGAAAAAACAAUGCUCAUCUGAAGAGGUGUGCAACAAGGCCACCUGUUCCGGACUUGGGUAAUAAUGCUAUGAUGGAUGAUUGGGUCAAGCAGUUUGAGGAGCUUGCUGGCUCUCAGGUACUUCUCUAUUUCAAUCAUUUGGGUGUUGAAAUUAUUUUGUGA